AUGGAGCGGAGCUUCCCGGCACGGUGCGGCAUCGGUGCCACCGAUCACCUCCGAUCACCUCUCAUUUCUUUUCAUAACCGCAACUUGUCAGGGAUGGGUAUAACACUAUGGAUAGUACCACCUUCUGCAUGUGCAGCUAAACUAAGGCGUAUCAUGAACGUCCGCCCGGGACCGCCUGCCACAUCGAUAUCGUCUUCAUCCUAUCCGAGAUUCCACCCACAUAUAACCUUGCUAUCCCUUCCUGCGGAUUCCCCUAUUUCUGUCUCUGCCUUGAGAGAUGCUAUAUCCAGUAUCCAGCAGUCUCUUGACAUAACAUUCAAAUCAAUCGACAUCGGGACGCACUUCUUUCGAUCAGUUUAUAUUGCCGUGCAAUUGACGCCAGAGCUCACGGAAAUACACACGCACGUACACAAGAAGGUCGGCGUGGAACCAAGGACGCCAAAGUAUCCACAUGUGUCGUUGUGCUACAUCACAGACGAAGAUGCGCAGCAUGGAGAGAGGAGAGCUUUUUAUCAGGCAAUUGAAAGCAAGAUUCGAAAGGAGGGUGAUGGUGGGAGCCUUGACUGUGGGGAGCUCACCGAAGAAUGGAUCAGUGGAUUUGUAGCCAGUGAAAUUUGGAUCGCAGAAUGCAACGGUCCAAUUGAGGACUGGAAGAUUCUGGACAAAAUUCCAUUACACUGA